AUGUCUUCAAGAAUUCGCGUGUCGCUAGCCAAUCUCAAGCCAGCCCGAGGCUCCCAGCAAAACCAAAAACGAGUUGGCCGAGGACAGGGAUCUGGUUAUGGCGGCACGGCAGGACGGGGUGCCAAUGGUCAGAAAUCUCGUUCUGGAGCUGGAAUAAAGCCCGGAUUUGAAGGAGGCCAAACCCCAAUCACUAAGCUAUUUCCUAAACGAGGUUUUGUCAACCAAAAUGACAAAACGUGGGCACCCGUCAAUCUCGACCGAGUCCAGCAUUGGAUAAACCAGGGCCGUUUGACAUCAUCACCCGAAAAGCCGAUUACUGCUCGGGAAUUGCUACUAAGUGGGUGCAUCCACGAUGUUCACGACGGAGUGAAGAUCCUCGGUGAUGGUAGCCAGCAUCUCAAGUCCCCCAUAUACAUUGUUGCAUCAAGAGCCAGCAAAAAUGCUAUUGAGGCAAUCGAGAAGCAUGGGGGGAAAGUGGUCUGCAAAUACUAUAACCCCCUCGCCCUGCGUGACUGUGUUAAAGGUCGAACCGACAGAGUCUCUGCCGCCCCGACCAGACGCGAGGAUAUCAUCUGGUAUGGCAAACAUAGAAAUCGUGGAUUUAUCUCUCCUGCAACUCUCAAGUCACUGGGAGAUUUACCAUUCGUGGAGGAUAGGUGGAAGCUGCUUGCAUCACAGCUCGGUGCUUGGAAAAAGCAGGAUUUUGACGUACAAAAGUAA